GGCUUUGGUCGUUCGGGGUUGUCGUGGUCCUGUCUCCGUGUUCCUUUGUUUUGGCUAUCCAAUUCUCCCUGAAUUAACUCGCCCCUCAAGAUGUCGACGAACACCAUUGCUGGAACGGAACAGGUCGGUGACCUUAUCGGUCAGAUCACACAAGCUGCAGAUGCGCUGAAGAGCAGCAAUCGCGAAGAGGACCGUUUGGCUGCCCUCAAGGCGGCGCAGGGUCUUGUGAGAGCGUUCCAGAAGCCUCAGGACGAUGUGUACAACCUUGCAUACUCGCCCACUCAUGCGCUAUGCGUGCGAAUCGGAAUCGACCUGGGUAUCUUCCAGACGCUGACGGACAGAAAUGCGCCCAUGGCCCUUGAGCAACUGGCUGCAGUCAAAAAUGCCAGUCCAAUUCUGACGGAGCGCGUACUGCGCAUCCUGGCUGGCAUUGGAUACGUUGCCGAGCACGAGACUCGGGUAUACGCGCCCACGAUCAUGACCAAGCAAAUGACCGACCGACUGAGCAUCGGACUGCUCAAAUUUAUCUUCGACGUCGGCAUGCCUACACUAGCCAAGAUUCCCGAAUUCCUCCGCAACACCAACUUCCGCAAUCCCGAAGGCGCCACGAACGGCCCGCUGCAAUACGCCGAGAAGAUGGAUGAAGUCAUCUGGGACUGGCUGCCGAAGAACCCGGACUACCUGAACAGCUGUAACACAUUCAUGGAGGGAGAUCGAGGAAGUCGGCCGAGCUGGCUGGAAUGGUUCCCGGUGCAAGAACGCAUCAUCGACGGGUUCCAGGGCGACGAGAAGGAUGUGCUCUUUGUCGACGUCGCCGGCGGACGAGGCCAUGAUCUCGUGGCCUUGAAGGAAAAGUUUCCCCAGGCACCUGGACGACUUGUUCUGGAGGACCUUCCGCACGUUCUUGAAGAGAGCACGAUCGAGGAUCCGAUGAUCGAACGACAGCCCUUUGAUCUGUUCAAGCCGCAACCUGUGCAAGGUGCCCGAACAUACUACAUGAAAUUCAUCCUGCACGACUGGUCGGACGAAGAAAGCCAACAGAUCUUGACCCAGCUCCAUGCUGCCAUGAAGAAGGGAUACUCCAAGCUGAUCAUCGAAGAGUUCGUUCUGGCGGACAAGGACUGCGCAAUGCUGCAGGCCAUGUGGGACUGGGAGAUGAUGAUCUUCUGCAACAGUAUGGAGCGAACGGCAGAUCGGUGGGCGCAGCUCUUGGAUAAAGCUGGCUUCAAGGUGGUCAAGUUCUGGUCUCCUCCGGGUGACGGACAGGGGAUCAUUGAAGCCGAGCCUCAAUGA